AUCUAAGAUCUUGACUCUAAAAUUAAGAAAAAUAAAGCAGCUUUACUCCAUUGAUUACUCUUCAGAAAGAGAGAAUAAAACAGAAGUUCUGAAAUCUAUGUUGAGCUUCAAGUGAUCAGUGACAAUCUCCAAGCUGUAUGAGAUUUCGUUCUUGUUGUGUUUGAGGCUUUAAGUGUUAUAGUGAGCUUAUAAAAGAGUGAAAAAAUGAUGGGUCGGUCGUCAAAUUUGCUGUCAAGGAGUGGAAGUUUCAGGCCAGAAAAUUUGGGGCAAAAUGCAAUGGCAAUGAUAGGGAACUUGUGUUUCACUAUAUUUGUAGUUGGGGUUUUGAUUUUCACCAUAAUUGCUGCAACUUAUGAGCCUGAAGACCCUUUAUUCCACCCUUCAACAAAGAUGACUAAUUUCCUUACUUCCAAAUCCAAUGCUACAUUUAAGGCUGAUGAUACUGUUGUGAGAACUGGUGAGGACUUUCUUGGUCCUAAUCAGACCGUGUUUUCGACUUUUAUAAACCUCACUGAUGUUGAUGUUCCGAUGGCUAUUGGCACUGAAAGUGUAACUGAGGAUAACUUGGAUUGUCGUGGCAAGACGGAUGAUCCCAUUGAUUGUACUGACCCGGAUGUGUUUCAUUUGUUGAUGAGGGCUGCCAUUGAGAAGUUUAAGGACAUACAUUUUUUCCGGUUUGGGAAGCCAGUUCGAGGGUCGAAUGAUAGUUCCUGCCACAUGGCGUGGCGGUUUAGGCCUAAGGAAGGGAAGACUGCUUCCCUUUAUAAGGAUUACCGGUCUUUUGUGGUUUCUAGAUCGGAGAACUGCACGCUUGAUGUGGUCAGUAUAGGUGAUUAUCAUUCCGGUGGAAAUGCUCGUAAGAGGAAGAGAAAGAACAAGGGAGGGUCGGACAGAACUACUGCUAAGCUAGAUGAAGGUUUUGAGAAGGCACCUCAGAAGAUAGAGGGACAAGAUAUCGCUUUGCCUGUAGUUGGGGAAGCUGUAAAUGACUCACUUCCUGUGGUGGAGUCGGAGAGUUCAUUCGGUAGUGGUAAGUAUUUGAUUUAUUCUGGAGGUGGAGAUAGGUGCAAGAGCAUGAACCAUUAUCUUUGGAGUUUCAUGUGUGCGUUGGGUGAGGCUCAAUAUUUGAACAGGACGUUGAUAAUGGACUUAACUAUUUGUUUAAACAAGAUUUACACUUCAUCUGGUGUGGAUGAGGAAGGAAAGGAUUUCAGGUUUUACUUUGAUUUUGAGCACUUAAAGGAUUCAGCGUCCGUCCUUGAUCAGGUUCAGUUUUGGUCAGAUUGGAAUAAAUGGCAUAAAAAGGAUAGAUUAGGUCUCCAUCUUGUGGAGGAUUUUAGGAUUACGCCGAUGAAGUUAUCUGAAGUGAAGGAUACUUUAAUUAUGAGGAAAUUUGGUUCCGUAGAGCCAGAUAAUUACUGGUACAGGGUAUGUGAGGGUGAAACAGAAUCUAUCGUUCAACGACCAUGGCAUCUGGUAUGGAAAUCAAGACGGUUGAUGGACAUUGUUUCAGCUGUUGCGUCGAGGUUGAAUUGGGAUUAUGACUCAGUUCAUGUUGUAAGGGGGGAGAAGGCAAGGAAUCGUGAAAUGUGGCCACAUUUGGCAGAAGAUACUUCUCCCGAGUCUUUACUAUCUACCUUGCAGGACAAGAUCGAUGAUGGAAGGAACCUGUAUAUCGCAACGGAUGAACCAGAUACAUCCUUUUUUGACCCCUUAAAAGACAAGUACUCAACGCAUUUCCUUGAUGAAUAUAAAGAUCUUUGGGAUGAAAACAGCGAGUGGUAUGCAGAGACAGCAAAACUUAAUAACGGGAAUCCAGUUGAAUUUGAUGGGUACAUGAGGGUUUCAGUUGAUACCGAAGUUUUCUUCAGAGGUAAAAAGCAGAUUGAGACAUUUAAUGAUCUCACCAAAGACUGCAAGGAUGGAAUUAAUACGUGCACUUCGUCCAGCUAAUUUCUGGCUAGCGUUUGAAGCUUUACUCCUGCAGUGUUUGGGUAAAUCUAUAUCCCGUUUUGUUGUUUUAGGUAAAUUUUGGUCUUAAUUUGUAGAAUGCAUUCGUACGUAUCUAUUCUGAAAAGCAAUAAUAGAUUAUUUCUUUAGUUGGUACAACUUUUGUUAGUGUAGUUGCAUUGUACUCAGUGUCUGCUUCAAGCUUGUAUCCCUUCAUUUGGUAAGUUAAUAAGAAUGUUAUUCGUCUUCCUGACUUAAA